AUGGCACCAGAGGACAAGGUAGCUUUUGUGGUCCACGGGCCCGGGGGCCAGCAGAUUGGCCGCUAUGCGCUGCCUCGACAGGCAUGCAGCCAGGAGCUCAAGCAGGCAGUCGAGGAAUCUUCGGGCUUGCCCUGUGCGACUCAGCAGGUUCUGAUCGGUCAUCGUGUCGUCGAAGAUGGCGAGGCCUUGCUGGCAGGUGGUGUGGCGAGCGCCGCAGACGUGCAGGCGACACUGCUCGUCCAGCUGCCGGUCCCUACGACUCGUCUUGAGGCGAAGUGGGAGAGAAUCCCCGAGACCUCCGAAUACUUGGAGGAGCUGCGCGUCUUAAACAUGGAUCGUUCGGAGGACAGAGGUUGGCCACCAAAAGACGUCUUGGUACCCACCCCCAGGAUGGGUUGUGUCGGCCUGGACCCCGACACUGGGCUCCUUGUUUUGGUGGGCGGCGGCCUUUCCGAACAUUACAACAUGCAGACAGGGCGACGCAGCGGAUACGGCUCCGGCGAAGGCUCGGACAGCAUCCAUGCCUCGGACCUCGAGGAAGACGGCGCUGACGGAGGCGAGAAGACUGGCGCGACAGAAUAUAUCCCUUUCUCCUGGCAGGCUCGCUUGCGAGCGUUGAGAUGCGCGGCCGCUGCCUCUGCCAGUUCCAAGCGUCCAAAGCGCACGGCGCUCGCGCGCAGAAGGGCCACAUGCUUCCGAAGGGACACAUGCUUCCGGAACCCAGCCAGAAACAACUUGCUGGUGGUGCCGCCCGAUGGCCCGGCCUUUUCGCUUCCCCUCGAUGGCCAUGAUCCUUUGGUGACUGCAGUUGAAGUCCAUGCACUUUCCUCCCUGCAGGGGUAUCCGUUUCCCUCAAUUGGCAUUGUGGUCGCACUUACCACGGGAAGCCGCCGAAAAUUUACGGGGCCGUUGACGCUUGUAGCAUGUGAGCUAAGCCCUGUCAUGGCCAAAUGCGUUAGCUUAACAACUGCAGAAUCUGACUGCCAAGCUUUUUGCCUGGAUCGAACCGGCCAUAUCGCCAUCUCGAUUGAAGUGCGCCCAAACGGCCACUGCAUUGCUUUCCGCAGCCUGAGGGCACCAGGUGCUUCCAGUGGUGGUGAAUCAUCACACCCCAUCGAUGCGUGUGGCAGGCGGGCCACAAGCAUAGCCUGGUGUCGGCAGGCAGCUGCCAUUCUACUGACAUUUGCGGGAGAGCACGCCAUUUAUGUAUACCAAAAAGUGGGCGCGGAACUGGGCAGGGAAAUCUGGCAGCCAAUGAGGAUGUUGGGCGACGCUUCCCAGAGGGGCUGCGAGGACGGCCCAGCUUCGAAGCUGCGAUUUUGGUUUCCCACUGCCGACUGCCGCCUUGUGCAAGGCCCGUAUAAUUCCCUCAUGAAGGACUCCUGCCCGCUUGUGCCUGGCCCGACGGGAACAGUCUACAUCCACAGUGGAGGCGUUCUCUUGCGUUUGGCAGAUGACUUGGCCUCGGCUUCCAAGAUCACUUCCAUGAGGGAGGAAUUGUGGCUGACCGAUGAUGAUGAAGGCACACCUAUAUUCCCAACUUGCCAGAGCGUAUUCGGAGUGUGUGAAGGGAAUGUUUACAGAUCCCUUGUGCGCACAGACGAUUCAGAGCAAGUGCUCAUUCGCAGGCUCCAAAUCUCUUCUGAGCUGAUGCAGACGCGAAGUUGCAUUCGUGCAAGUGCGCCCAGACUUUGGCCAAACCUCACGGAACGACGUGAGUACGUCCAUCCACAAGACCCAGGUGUUGCACCAACGUACUAUCAUGAGGCGCAGCGAGACAAGUGGGAUGGCAACACGGUGUGGCUGGCCGAUGACUGGCUGUGGGAGGACUGUCCCCAGUCGAAGCCUCAAGAUCUGCGCGUGUCAGAGUCCGGAUCCUGGAUCACUUUUGCAAGGUGGCUCCGCAUCUGGGCGCAGUACGGGGAGCACAGGGAUGCUCUGAGAAUGGCCCAAGAGGCUUUUUUGGAGAGGUGGAAGGACUGCCCUCAGCGAGCUCGGCAUCCCAAUCAUCCGCACCAACUUGAGAAGCAUUCCUGCCACGGCAUCUGUGUUGUCCAAGGACACUGCGGUAUGUGUGGCAACUCGAUAUUCGGUUUUGGGUGCUAUGAGUGCCCAGAUUGCAGUUUCUUGGCGCACCCCCACUGUAUCUUGGAGGAAGAGGGACAGUUUGUCGAGCUGGAGACAAAGUGGCGGAGCCUGCAGAGCCUGCUUCGGGCCUCGUAUUUCCAAGCGUGCAAGCCCGUCCUGCCUUGGCUGAAAUAG